GACACACACACACACACACACACACACAGCCGGAUGGAGGUGGCGCAGGCGCUGUGUACAGAGUAACAGUAAGUUGUUCCGACUGGGUUCCUCAGACAGUAAAUAACAGGGUUGUUUGAAUGAACCUGCUGAUGAUAUUAAUGACACUGGAACACUGUGUACGCUGCUGAGAGGGAACAGUGCUGGAUACCACCGAGCCACUCACUGAGACAUGGCUCCGUCAGUACGCUUACAGGAAAUGAUCCGGGCGAUCCGAAGUGCCCGGACUCAGGCGGAGGAGCGGGCGGUUAUCCAGAGAGAGUGUGCUGCCAUCCGAGCACAGUUUCGUCAAACUGACACCGAAGGCCGCUUUCACAAUCUCGCCAAGCUGUUAUAUGUGCACAUGCUGGGCUAUCCUGCACAUUUUGGGCAGAUGGAGUGUGUACACAUGAUAGCCAGCUCUCGGUACAGCGAGAAACGGAUCGGUUACCUGGGGGCCAUGAUGCUCCUGGAUGAGAAGCAGGAUGCCAGCCUGCUUAUCACCAACUCCAUCAAGAAUGACCUUUCGCACGGUAGUCAGCAUGUGCAGUCUCUGGCCCUGUGCACUCUGGCCUGUAUGGGUUCUGCGGAGAUGUGUCGAGACCUGGCCCCUGAAAUCGAGCAGCUCCUCAGGUCCUCCAGCUCCUACAUCAGGAAGAAGGCAGCUUUGUGUGCCGUCCACAUUGUAAGGAAAAUUCCUGACAUGGGAGAGAUGUUCACACCUGUUGCAGGCUCCCUGCUCUCGGAGAGGAACCAUGGAGUUCUACACAGUGCCAUAGUUCUGAUCACGGAGCUGUGUGAUCGCAACCCUGACACUCUGGAGCAGUUCCGCAAGUCUGUUCCACAGCUGGUUCAAAUAAUGAAGGAUCUGGUGACGUCAGGUUAUUCUCCAGAACACAACAUAGCUGGCAUCAGUGACCCUUUCUUGCAGAUUCGUAUUCUCAGAUUGCUCAGGAUUUUAGGUCGCAAUAAUGAUGCAGCGAGUGAUCUUAUGAAUGAUCUCCUAGCACAGGUGGCCACUAACACCGACAGCAGUAAGACUGCAGGCAGCGCCGUGCUGUAUGAAACAGUGCUCACUGUCAUGGACAUCAAAUCAGAAAGUGGUCUCCGGGUUCUUGCUGUGAAUAUUUUGGGACGGUUUCUUUUAAACAAUGAUAGGAAUAUCCGCUAUAUAUCCAUGACAUCACUCCAGAAGAUUGUCCAGACAGAUCACAAUGCAGUGCAGAGACACAGGGGUACUAUUGUGGACUGCCUGAAGGACCAGGAUGCCUCAGUUAAACGUCGUGCGUUAGAGCUUUCCCUAGCUUUAGUAACUGCAGCGAACAUCCGCACCAUGAUGAAAGAGCUUCUCGCCUUCCUCUCCACCUGUCCGCCAGAACUUCGAGCAAGCACGGCGUCUGGCAUAUUCAACACAGCUGAACGGUAUGCACCGUCUCAGCGCUGGCACAUCGACACCAUCCUGCAUGUCCUCAUCACGGCAGGGAGUGACGUGCGAGAUGAGACCGUGCCCAACCUAGUUCAGCUCAUUGCUACAACGUCCAAGCUUCACUGCUACACAGUUCAUAAACUUUACAGAGCGCUAAUCACUGACAUCUCACAGCCAUCCCUGGUUCAAGUAGCCUGCUGGUGUAUAGGGGAGUAUGGUGACUUGCUGCUGAAAGGAGAGUGUGAGGACACAGAACCUAUGCAGGUAACAGAGGACGAUGUUCUUGAUGCCUUGGAAACAGUCUUACAGUCACACAUGUCCGCUCCAGCAACCAGGGGUUUUGCCCUAACUGCUAUCAUGAAGCUGAGCACACGCAUCACAGCCAAUGUGGACCGAAUCAGGAGUAUAGUUAGUAUCUUCGGCAGCUGCAUCGAUCUGGAGCUUCAGCAGAGAGCAGUGGAAUACAACGCCCUCUUCAAAAAAUAUGACCACAUAAGGGCUGCUGUGUUGGAGAGGAUGCCAGUAGUUGAUAGGAGCUUGCCUGGUUCCUCCAAUGGAGAUCUAAUCAGAGAGUCUGCUAAAGACUCUAAAGAUCAGAGCAAGCCUCUUGCAGGAGUGACAGUCUUGCCUCUGGAACCAGCAAAUCAGGUGUGUGACCUUUUGGACUUGCUGGGUGAAACUGAUACAUCUCUCCAGGAAAAUAAUGUAAACGUCAACACGACGCCCACCUCUAAGAGUUCAAGUGCAAGCGGAAACCUGCUGGAUCUGCUGGGAGGUCUAGAGGCCACUCACGCUCCCACUGUGACAGUGUAUGAUCGAGGAGGAGUGAGUCUGAAACUUCAGUGUGACAGACAGACAGAGACCGGCAUCACGGUCACUUUCACUGCUUCUAACUCCACGCAGAGUGAUGUCACCAACUUUACCCUACAAGCAGCAGUACCUAAGAGUGUACAGCUUCAGAUGAAGGCUCCAAGUGGUGAUGUGAUUCCAGCACAAAAUGGUGGUACAGUCACGCAGACUGUUUUACUCAACAGUACCAGCAAGGCAAGCCUAAAGAUGCGGGUUCGGGUGUCCUACUCCAGUCAGGGCGCAGUCUGUCAGGAAACAGUACAGAUUGACUCCUUCCCAAACCCUGCUUGGAACUGACUGUGGCAUUUGCCUGGGCGUGAUACAGGAUCAGACCUUGAAGGGAAUUACAGUUUGUUUCUAGUCAUGGUUAUUGAUGUACAAAGAACUCCACUGUAUCUCUGGUGAAUAUCUACGGUACGUUAUUAUACCUUGGGAAUUGCAGUGGAGAAUUUGUGCUGAUUUUAUUCAGACAGCUCUCAAAGUGAAAAUGUUUAGACACAAAUUAUGGUUAAAAUAUGUUUUUUUUUGUUUGUUUUUUUUUAUCUUAAAAAAGAAAAUGAAAUAUAAGCUGUUCAUAUGAAAAGGAAAUCCAAGCCAGUGUUUUGUUUGACCUCUUAUAAUUGUGGUCAAAUUUACUUACAGAAACCACUAGUUGUUGGGUGACAAUAAUUUUGUCCAGUGAACCUUUUGAUUCUUUACUCUGCUAUCCAAUCAGAUAAAAAAUGUAAGGGCAAAAUAAUUUUAUCCAGCACAGUCAAUACCAGCAGCUGUACCUCUGUAUUUGGCUUGGACUCUAUGGAAACCUACAGAUUUCAAAACGCGACUCCGUUCGGUGUAACGCGUGCAGUGUGUACACGCAGUUAAACCUGUGUCAGACCUACACCAGUCCCAGCGAGCUAAAGGAUGGGUCUCUGGCUGUAGAUCUUUUCUUUCUGGUUGCAGUUAUCCACAAAAAACCUUCGUACCUCUCAAGUUUGAUCUGGAGCAUUCAGAGCUGUAUUCAAAUACUUUUUUCGUGAAAAUGGUUUCAUCUUGGCUGAAUCCAGACGCUAACGAGCACUCUUUCAUGUCACACUCUCGCCAUACCAGUCUAACACGGGCACUACUGAUGAGUCGAUCUGAUACACGUUCAGGUUAUUUACACAAUAUCUGGGAUAAUGGGUCCUUGUCCAUUGCAUUCAUUCAUUUUUCUUUUUAAAAUAAAAAGCUGUUUUCUCUUUCAA